CUACAUUAAUUGAAAAAAAGAGAAAGAGAAAAAAAUAAAUAAAUUGAAAUUGGUGCUAGAACAACGACACAUAAACCUUGAUUGUUGUAGCUACGUAAAAUUUCCUGUAACUCAUACUUUUUAUGGAAACAGCUGCUUUAAAAUAUGAUUUAUUUUUUUUUAAAAAAAGCUCCAUAUUACGCAUUAUAUCCGUUCUUUCUUUUUCUAUAUUUUAUUUAUCUUUUUACAUGUUGAAAUCUAUUUUAAAUGAUUCAAGAUUAACCAAGGAAGGAGUAUUUUCAAUUGUUCUUUUACCACCUUAUUCAGAUGAACCUUACACCUUUGAUUAUUUGGCUCGUCAUGUCGUUCAUGUCUCCUUCUUGGAGCCAACAGGAGAUAACGGAACCAGCACACCAUUAGAGAAGAAGGAAGAGAAGGAACAGUGGCUAACUACUAUAUCAGGAAAUACAUUGAGAUCCAGCCACGGGUGUAUCAUUGCCACUUGUAAUAGUACCUACAUUAGAGCAAACAUUGUAUAUACCAGACUACUGCAUAACAACAAUGGACAAUGUACGCAUUUAUUACUCUAUCUGGAUAAGGAUAUCAUGAUAGAUCAUAAUGCACAUGUAAAUAAGACUCAUAACUCACAUGCAUUUAAGACAAUGAUUCGAGAAUUACGACAUAAAGAUGAUAUUAUACCUAUUAUAGAUUCACUUGUCCUAAACUUUUGUGAAACAUCUGUAAGCUGUAAUUCAUUGACAAGUCUGCACAGCUGCAUGAAAGAUACCUUGAAGGCGGGAUACCAUAUAAUUCAAUCCUCACGAUCAAUCACCAAGACAGAUGCGAUCUAUGCAGCAUUUGAGAAUUACAUUAUGGAAGAGACAUAUGAUGCUGCGUUCUUCAAGAUAGCCCAAUUAUUAUUUGACGAGGACAGAAAGUUGACAUCCGCACUAGAUGAAUUACAAUAUUUAGAUUUUACACAGAUUGGAUUACCAACGUACAUUAAAGAUGAAAGGAGACAGGUACAGCGAGCGACAGUCAUAUUUGAAAAGAUUGGGUCAUUCAGAACACCGUCUGAUAAGUUGGAUUGUUUACUACAUACGAUAUCUGAAUUGACAGGUCAAGAUGAAUACUCUGUGGGCACAGAUGCUCUAGUUCCUCUGCUUUUGAUGACCUUGAUCAGAAGUAAAGUACCACACCUCACCGCCAAUUUAGUCUAUAUGAAGGAUUACAACUUUGAAAGGGAUAUCACAACCGGCCGUUGUGGUUACGCACUCAGCACACUAGAAGCAGUACUAGACUACAUACUAAGCUCAACUAUAUCAGAACUUUCUUGUCAGAAUGAAAUUCUGUGGCGACUUAUCAUGUUGGGGGAAUUAGAAAGCUUCAAGAGAUAUUAUUCGGCAGGAUCAUUCCAACGUCGCGAUAAAGAUGGAAAUAAUGCACUCUUACUAGCCUGUAUGCACGGGCAAGCUGACAUACUCGAAUACAUUAUAACACAGGAAGGGAUAAAAGAGACAGAUAUAAACGAUACCAACAUGACGCCCUUGAUGUAUGCAGUCAAGAGUAAAUCACACCGCACCGUCGAUAUUUUGCUGCAGCAUGCACAGGUACUAUCCACACUGAAUCAACGCGAUGAAUAUGGGUACACAGCCAUACUGCACACAUCCAGCACAAACGACCUUGCUAUGCUCAUACGCUUGGUGCCCCAUAUUGAUACAGAGAAACAACUAGUGAAUGACUGUACAGGCGAUUCGAUAUUACACAUUGCUGCUUUGAACCACUGUUCUACAGACUUUAUAUUUUACUUGCUCGAUAUCUGUCAACAACUGAAUAUGCAACACUUGGUUCACUGGAAAAACAAGCAAGGCCAAACAUUUUACCAUGUUUGCAGAGACCAUACCCUGAUCAAAUCGCUACUCUGUCAAAACCGAAUCGACCUGGAUUAUAUCUUUAAAGAUACUGACAAGUUGGGUCAAUGUCCGCUUAUGACCUGGGCAUCUCUCGGUCGACUCGAUCUACUUGAAUUAUUUGUGGGUCGAAUGGACAAUCAGCAGAUUCAAGCAGCGGAUCAUGACGGAAGGACGAUAUUACAUCUACUUGCAUUACGACUUCGCAAAGGACUCACCAUGGGAGAGAAAAGCCUCGACUUUAUUGUGGAGCAGUUUAAACAUUUAAUUCAUGCUCGAGAUUGGCCAAAUGGUAAUACGGCUUUACAUCUCGCAGUCGAAACAGCCGUACUAGCUAAUACAAAGAAUACUAUCACAUUCAUCAAGGCAGUCCAUCGUCAUGGAGGACAGCUGGAUGUCAUGAAUAGUCGUGGAGAGCAACCAGUAGAUAUGAGUCGAGUUUCAGAAGUAACAUUAUUUCUUGAUGGUAUCGUAUGGACCACUUUAUAAUAUAUAUGCACACAAAUAAUAAUAUACAUAUAUAGAGUUCAUACUGAACACAAGCUUUGAUUGUUCGCCUAAGCGUUAUUCCACUUUAGGCU